AUGAGGAAUACAGAUGCUCAAAACCGAUCUUCCGAGUGUACAUGUUGCGGCAAGCUCGCUUUAGCUCGAGUGCUUGGUUUAGGUUUUGUGGCGGGAAAUGGGCAAGGGCUCGCAAGAGAAGCGGGGCAAGGCUACAAGCUUGGCGAUUCCUGCAAGCUGGUGCUGCGCGAGGGCGACAUCACUCGGUGGCAUGCCGACGGCAAGAGCGAUGCGAUCGUCAACGCCACGCACGAAUGGUUACUGGGAGGCGGUGGCGUCGACGGAGGUGGGAAAAACUCUCUUGACAAUUUUAAAAUUCUUUCUUUCGACUGGAUCACCGCCGAGAACUCCCCGAUUGUCCUCCAGGAGAAGCCAUGGCUACACCGUAAGCAAGUUUUUCAUGUACAAAUGUAUUGUGUGGUUGGCUUUAGUCUCCGUGUGAGCAAGAUCAUCCACACUGUGGGUGUAGCGUACAAGAAAACCUUCAGCGAAGAACAGGCUCGCAAAAGCCGAGACUCUCAAGAACGCUUACAAGAACUCGCUCGAAGUCGCACGAAGCCAAGGCAUCAAGUUCAUAGCCUUCCCGGCGCUGUCCUGCGGGAUCAACGGAUUCCCGCUCGCCAAAGCCGCGCAAAUCGCUCUGGAAACCAUCCAGGAGGGGGCGCACGGAUUCUCCGAGAUCGAUUUCGUCUUGUUCAAUCAGGCGACCAGUCGCGCCUGGUCAGAAGCAGCAGCCAGAGCCGGGCUCCAACCAGUCUAAGCUAGAUUCUGGCAAAAACAACUCUAAUAAGCUCCAUCCGAAACUCCUUUUAUCUUUCGAAGCGCCUGUAAGUAUCGCAAAGACUUUGUCCCUCCGCGUAGAGCUGAUAAAUAAGACAAGAUCUUCGUUCUCUACAGAUGCGAGAUAACUUUCACCAGGAAAACAAAGACAGUUCUAACGACUUUCGUGGUCGUCUUCAAAACUCCUUUUUUUUUUCUCUAACGUUUUGUAUGCUCCAGCUCGUAUAUAACGGAUACGCAUUGAUAA